AUGCCGCAAUUCCUGCACUCAUCGACCGCCGUGCUUGCGGUGAUCGCACUCGCUGCAGCGAGUCCAUCUUCGUAUGUACCAAGGGCUGCGCCAACCGGGGCAACUUAUGCAUCCGGAUUCGACAUCAUGACUAGCUGGGGGAACCUGUCGCCCUACAAGGCUGCUCCGGGCUUCAAUGUCUCCAAGGGCUUUCCCAAGGGCUGUGAGCUCUCACAGGUUCACGUCCUGCAUAGGCAUGCACAGCGCUAUCCAACCCCUUACCCACUCGACGGGGGUGGAAUAGAGAGCUUCAGCGAGAAACUCGUGAAUUACAGCAAGGCACAUCCCAACGUGACAGUUGGGCGAGGGCCACUAUCAUUCCUGGAUGACUGGAAGGAUAUGAUGGGCGAGGAUCUUUUGCUCGUCACCGGUGCUGCGACGGAGGCAACUGCCGGUGCGGACUUUUGGACGAAAUAUGGAAGAGUGCUUUAUCGUGCUCCUGCAGGUGUUCCAACCUGGGAUGAGUCGUUGAAUGUGUAUCCGAAUGGCACUGCACGCCCAAAGCCCGUGUUCCGCACGACGUCGCAGGACAGGAUUCUGGAGAGCGCUCGGUGGUGGCUGAGCGGCUUUUUCGGAAACACUGGAGCCAAUAGUUCGUACGAUCAGUAUGAUCUGGUGGUUAUUCCAGAGGUUUAUCCGUUCAACAACACUCUGGCAUCCUACGACUCCUGCCCGGGUGAUGAAGCCGGAAGUGUGAGUUCCUGA